UGGAAAACGUCUUUCGUGCGGGUCGGUUAGUGUGACGGUGUUAUUAUCGCGCCCAGUGGGACAGUCCUAACAUGGCCCAGAAGUAAACAACAACAAUAAUUAAACAACACUUGACCAGAACGAGUCACUACUACUAUCAAGUUCUAUAGAAUUGAGCCGAGUUUGAGAAGCUCUAAAAACAAGAGAUACCAAAAGUCAGUGAAUGAUAACCCCAUAAAGUCAAUUCCGACGACCGAUAACGCGGUCGCGGUUCUCAGUGGCAAUUUGCAUUGAUGAACUGUGCUUGGUGCUCGCCGUGCAUAACAAAAACCCAUCCGCAGUCGGGGGCCCAUCGAUAAUCAGAGCCCCAGGACUUGAGCGCUCAGCAACUGCCUGCCCUCCCGAUUAUCCUUUGAAGUCCUGUGGCAAGUGCGAGCUGCUGCGAGUGUGCGGUGUCUCAGUGUGCAAAGUGUGAAAAAGCGCAAAAUAAAUAUUAAAAGCAAAACGUGCGUGGAUUAGAAAGCAUAACCCGGCGCAAGAGCGGCAUCAGAAGCCACAACAACUACAGCUAAAGGCAGGAGAAGGAGAAGGAGGAGCAGCCACCAGACAUCGCCGCCAGCAGACGGCGUCUGGCGCCGGAACUGUCUAGCGGCUUCGGCAGAUAUUGCGACUGGCGGACAUGGCCAGCCAGAGGAUCGGGCCAGGACGAGGCGGUGGAGGAGGAGGAGGAGCCUUGCAUACAGCAUUCAAUAUGCUGGCGUUGAGCUGGAUUAUAAUCUCGGAGUUAUUGCUCAGUGCCCAUUGCCUGAAGGAUCUGAAGAUAUUUGUACCGGAGGCCGUCAUCAUGGGAAAUGCAGCGACAUUGUCUUGUCAAUAUGAUUUGGAGCAGGCGGCGCUCUACGCGGUGCGCUGGUACUUUGGCCAGGAGGAAUUCUACCGCUACGUUCCCCGCGAGGCCAAGCCCACAUUUGUCUUCUCCGUUGCCGGCAUUAAUGUUGAUCUCAGCAAGUCGGAUGCCACAUCGGUGACGCUGAAAGGUGUCACCCGGGAGCUGAGCGGCAGCUAUCAGUGCGAGGUCUCCGAGGAUGCUCCGCUCUUCCACACGGAGAUUCGCUCGGCGCACAUGCAGGUGAUUGAGCUGCCAAAAGAUGAGCCGGUGAUGCAGGUGGACAAGAAGGUGAUUGGCGUAAAUGACAACUUUAAGGCCGUGUGCACCGUGGGUCCCUCGUAUCCGCCGGCCAACAUCACCUGGUACAUCAAUGGACGGAUGGUUUACCCCACUCCAUUGCAGCGCAUCACGCAGGAUGCCUUCGAGGGCUCCACCGCGUACUCCUCGCUGGAGAUCUAUCCGCACAGCCAGGUGCUGCAGGGCUUCUUCCAGGCCAAGUACCAGGCGAACAUCAACCUGCUGUGCGAAGUGUCCAUCCUGCAUGUGUUCCACAAGAGCGUCCAGCAGCGGAUUGGCCUGAGCAAUGCGCCGCCGACGACCAUCUCGCCGAAUCUGUUGGGCCUGGAGGGCUCGAAGCGGUAUGCAAACGGGGAUCCGGAUAACUCGGCGCUGACCGGUGCCUCCCAGCGCUGCUGCAUCUGCUGUGGUGCUGCGGGCGCUCUCCUGCUGGUCAUGGCCACGCUGACGGUGGGGCAUCUGUGACCAGAGCGGAUGGCCUAAGCUGCUCCCACACACCACACUGCCACGGACAAGUCGGAACGCGGAGGAGGAGGAGGAGGACGACAAGGAGGAGGAGGAAUCAACAGCGGGAGCUGUGUAAUUAAAAAAUAACAAACAAUAUGCUUCGGCAUGUGAAGCGUGCAAAAGAACAAGGAAAUGCAAAAAUCAAAAAAUAAAAAAAAAACGAACACAAAAAAAUCAUUGGGAAAACCAACGGCGACCCUGCAUUGUCAACGCCUAGUAAAGCAUGUCCUGGUAUUUUAUAUUUUUUUUUAUUUGCUGGUUCGCAAACAAAACAAGCAGAGUUCAAACCGAUGUAAUAUUUUUAUUGCAUUAAUUCAUCAUUUGCGGCGGCUGCCUACAAAAUUCCGAUAAUAAACCGUAAAUUAAGGAGAAAAUGGGAUCUGCAUUUCCCCACACGGCACGAUCAGCGGAGGGUUAAAAUAAUAAUAAUAGUAAAGGUAAAAACAUAGCAUAAAUUUAAUACGUAACGCGGCGUGGUUGAACUCUUGAAGAAGGCAAAGAGAAGUCAUAGUGAAAAAUGAAUCCAUAAAUUUAAAUAAAUUAACACUGGCACUUGCAAACGAGACGUUGCAAAACUAAUUACAUAAACAGAGAAAAAACCACAAUUAAUAAGCGUAAGAGAAACACACACAUUUAAAUACUAAGUACACCCUACCCUCCAACUACCGCAACCUAGGCACAUAAGUUAUGUAAAUAAUUACUGUAAAGUAUGAAAAAAACACAAAUAAUAAAUUAAUAAUACGAAACCCACACAAGGGCAGCUGACCGCGUGUAGGCAAACAUUAAUUAAAGCUGAGAAGAACAAGUUAAAUACAAACUAAUUAAGUCUUUAUGAAAAAUCGAUGAAAUCAAAAAAAAAAUAAAAAAUAAAGAGAAAAGAAAAGAGCUACAUAAAAUCAGAUAAGAAAAAAAUCAAAAAUGAAUAUCGGCCAAAUUCAGUUUAAUUGGAUUUGUUUUCGUUUCAAUUGUGGCUUAUUUGCGGUGUCAGGUUGUUGAAAUUUUAAUUUCCGUUGAGGCAUAAGAUGGUCUUUGUUUCUAGACUAAAUUUAAACAAAAAACGAAUAUUGCAAAUAUAUAUAUUUAUCGAAUAAUAAAUGUCAGGACAAGAGAGAAUUUAGUGCGUACAAGUUAGUUGGAUGAUGUUAAGAGUAUAUUCUGCCGAACUCCUUGGCCAAAGGACUAUUUUUAGAGGUUCCAGCUCAGCGCAAACUCACAACAAAGAAAUUCAAGAUGUAUUUCUCAGCCAAGUGACGAAAAUUGGGAAAUUGGAAAGUAUAUUAUAAGCCGAUUAAGCAACAUAUUGUAAAUCAAAACAAAACGAAACGAUGUUAUUUUAGCGAGUUGUGGCAGGCCGAAAUAAACUGAAACGCAAACUAAUCUUAACUAAA